CGUUUUCAUAUAGCGCGUUGUAGAUUCUUACGAAUGGUGUGGGGUUAGAGUAGGAGUAGUAUGAAAAUAUACGGAAAUUAUGUCCGGUAUUCCACGUUAAUGAAUGUAUUGUCAUAUGUUUGAUACUUUUAAACAUAAAAAUAAUAAUAGAAUUUUAAAUUAACCGUAAUCAUUGUUAGCCGAAUAAUAAAAAUAUAUUUAGAUUUAAUCAUCUAUAUUAGCUAGAUUGAUAAUCAGGAUGUCAGAACAAUUCGUGGGUUGUACAGUUUCUGUAAAGUGUAUCGAAGAAGUUGGAACUUAUCAAGGACAAAUAGUGGAUUUAAAUAAGGAUUGCGUAAUACUUUCAAAAGCUUUUUGUAACGGAGUUCCUCAUAGUUCACCUAUAGUUAUAUUAUGUGCGAAGGAUAUAGUGAAUGUAGAGUUUAUAUCAAUUAAUAAUAUAGGACUCGAUAGUAGUGAUACAAGUGAUAAUAAUCAAGCACAGAAUAAUAUAACUGUAAAGAGACCUAUUGCCAAAAGAGCUGGUAGAUCAUUUUCCGAAAGUGUUUCAUCUUCUGUUCAAUCCACAUCAUCACAAACACAAACUAAUUUUAAGAAGCCAAAUAAUAAUUCUCAAUCCACAAUAGAACAACCUACAAAUGGAAAAAUUCCAUUAGCUGACUCUAUUGAUAAACCAAUACAAAAAAAAUUAAGUAGUAAACAAAGAAAUGAGCACACAUUUGGUACGCCAAUUGAUCAAUCCUUAAGUCAAGACUUUGAUUUUGAAAAGAAUUUAGCCCUAUUUGAUAAAGAGGCUGUGUGGCAAAAAAUAAAUUCUUUGAAAUCUAAGAAACAAAAGCAAGUAAACUAUAGGCACGAUGAAAAUAUUAUUGUUUCUGAACGUGCAGAUAUUAGACAGAUACUGGUACCUAGUGCUGGUGAAAUAGAAUAUGUAACAGACAAUGGUUUAAUAAUUCCUAGUAUAACACUUAACCUUCAUCGUCAAUUAAUAGGAGCAGCAGAUAGAUUGGGUAUUAGUUGGGAGCGUAGAGUGGAACUUCUUGGUCGUGCUGGUACAGAAAUUAUAUUGCAACUGUUAGGAGGAAGCCAUCGACUUAAUCCAAAUAAUGCACACCAGUGGCCAACGAUUAUUGCACUUUGUGGACCUCAUCGUUCUGGCGCUGCAGGUGUUAAUUGUGCUAGACAGUUAUCUAGUCACGGCAUUAAGACAAUAGUGUUUGUAGAAAAUUCCGAAGAUGUUUUUCUCCUACAAGAAUUGUCUUUGUACAAGUUAACAGGAAACAAGGUAGAAACUAAAUUUAAAAACUUGCCAUCAGUGGUGGAUUUGAUACUUGUAGCACUUUGUGACGAGAACUCACCAAGAAUGAUUACGCCUAUAGCAAAAUGGGCAAAUAAUAAUAGGGCGCCUAUUUUAGCCAUUGAACCACCAGCCACGGGUACACCUGGUAUUCUUAGUAAAUGUAGUCUGCUUGGUGGAUUACCAUUAUCUCAUAGUGUUGACAAUGGCAAAUUAUAUUUAUGUAAUCUUGCAUUGCCAAACGAAGUAUAUGCGGAUGUUGGUAUAACAUAUAGGUCUCCUUUUGGACCAAAGUUUGUCAUUCCUUUGCAUUCCAAUAAUUCUUAGCAAAUUUAUAAAAAGGAUGUUGUUUCUCAUAAGAUGUUAUAAUUUAGUAUAAUUUUACUUUUAUGCCUUGCUAAUAAAAGUUUAUACUUAAAUCGCGAAGAUAUUGUCAGAAAUUAAUGAUAAAGAUCAUGUAUGAUGUAGCAUUUAAUGUUUGUGUAGGAACAAUUAUAAUUUGGUGUGCAAAGCCAAUUGUGUGUAAUUGUUCUUUUAAAUGUGUAAGUAUACAGUGUAUACAAGAAACGAACAUAUAAAUGAUAAAUAUACAGUGUUUGGUUUUGUAAGUUACAUAAAAAAAAAAUAAAUGCUUUUAAAUAAAAAAUAAAUUCAAUUAAAUCUAGUAUAUAAAUUUUUAAAUGUUAUAAAGCAUAAAAACUACAAAUACUACUUGUAUUUGAUACAUUUUAACAAGUAUAUCAUUUCGUACUAUAAAUAUAUAAUAAGUACAUAAUACUAUAAGUAUAUGGUAUUCCUGUUACAAAAAAAUAUAAUCGUACAAAUUUUUUUAUACAUAUGUGACUCAUUUUUAUUUAUAACAUUGGAACAAAAAUUACUACUGAUCAUAUUUAGAUGAAUUUAUCCCCCAAAUUUGACAUGAAGAGAUCGUCUAUUAGUAGAGAGAUGAAAUUUUCUUUAUACAUAUUUUUCAUAACUUGUGAUAGAUAUAUUAUUAUAAAAAUUUGUAAAAUAUUUAUUUACAAAUUGUUUAUAAUGAAUCAUAAAGUUUGAAUAUGAGACAAUUUACAUGUCUUCUAUAAUAUUCGGAUUCCCUUUUAGCUCUUAUUUAUUUUUGUAAAGUUAAGCAUGGAUUAAAAAGUAUUUUUAUUGCUGCAACAAAAUAUACCUCGGUUAUGACAUGUCCGUGUUUACUGAACAAUGUAUGAAAUAUGGUAGCAUAAUUCAAGUAAUGAGUUGUAAUAGAAUGAUUGUAUAAGAUUUACUUUACUCAUAGGUAGCUUAAGUAAGUUAUUUAUAUCAUACAUGUAAAUAUAUAUUUAUAUAUUUUGAACAUUAGUCUUGGCAUUUAAUAUGGUAGUAAAUUCUAUAAAUAAUACCAAUGUCAUUUUUUUUUUUAAAUUACUUGCACAGAAAGCUUUAAGUAGACUUAAAAAUAUAAUGUAGAAAGAAAAACAUAAAUGCAUUAAUUAUACAUUGAGCAAAUCUAAUUAGAAUAGGCACUGUAAGACAAGGUUUGAUAUAUUGUCUAAAAAUUAGUUUAAAUUCUUAUAUCUAUUUUAGAGAUAGAGGUGAAAGAAAUAAUAUUAGUGAUUUUAAUAUUCUUGGUACUGUAUAUUUCUUUUAUUUUUCUGUAACUACAGUUUAACGAAUUUUUAUAAUAAUUCUAUUAGUAAAUUAGUAAUUAAAAUACAGAGUACAAUUGAAUAAUUAACCUCUUCGGUACGAGCGUCGACUAUAGCCGACAGUCGCCGAAUGUAUUCCCACGGUCGACCUUCGGCUAAAGUCAAUAAUCACCAAAAGCAUACAUAUGUACAGCCUACUGUCAUCUUUAAUUAAUUAUUGUACAAAUUAUCGGUUUAGAUAAGUACCCGUUACAGUUGGGCGGAAUAUGAGCGCUACAUAAUAUAUGUACUUGUCGUUAUUGCUUGCAAGUUUAAUUGUUCAGACUUUACUUCAAAUUGUAAAUAAUUUGUAGACAAUGGAUACAAUGUAUUCUGAUUCAUCAAGCGAAAACGACAUCCUGCUGUUUCCUGCCGCAACAGUGGAAAUGUCAAACGGGGAGGAGUUCUUAUUUCGUCUGAUUCAGAAGCAGAAAUAACCAAAGAAAAGAGCCAUAGUUCAAAUAUAAAGUGGUUGUAUGCGAAUUUAAAACCUCAUAUACAUACAUUCGACGAUAGAGAUUCUGGAAUUAUAACAGAUAAUAUUACCUAUUCAUCUCAAAUCAUAGAUUAUUUCCGAAUAUUUUUUUCCGAGGAUUUGAUGACACACAUAUAACGAACACUACGAACAAUUUUUAUCGAUAUACAGUCGAACAAUUGGACAACAUUCCUUCCUCACUGAAAAAGUGGCAUGAUACUACGAUAAACGAGUUAUAUCGUUUCAUUGCUUUGACGUUGACAAUGUCCCGUUUAAAAAAAUUAUCAUGCAAUGAAUAUUGGAGUACCAAUGAAAUUAUUAGAACAGAUGUCUUUGGUAAACAUAUGACACGGGAUAGAUAUCUCGCAUUACAAAAGGUGCUUCAUUUUAACGACAAAAGAUCAGAGACGUCUAAAAACCUACUAAUAAAAAUUCGUGAACCUUACAACAAACUGCGCGAAACAUUCAAAAAAUCAUUUCGUCCCUUCAAGGACUUACGUAUUGAUGAGAGCCAUAUGCUUUACAAAAGACGAUUGUCGUUUAAACAAUACAAACCCGAGAGGAGUAGGUUUGGAAUAAAAACGUUUGUGUUGUGCGAUUGUAAGACAGGAUAUAUUUUAGAUUUUAUUGUUUAUACCGGCGCUAUUUCUGACGUUGAUACAUUUUCUGAAAAAUUCGGUAGAUCAGGCAACAUUGUGGUAAACUUGCUACAACAGUAUUUAGGAAAGGGUCAUCAAUUGUUUGUCGAUAAUUGGUUCUCAAACCCCGCACUAUUCAAGUUUUUGCACAGUUGUAGUAUAAACUCAUGCGGAACAGUAAGAAAACGAUGCGAAGGUAUUGCGAAAAUGGAAGAAAAAUUAAAAAGUGGAGAAUUAAGUUUUCGAUCAUCGGGUAAUUUGCUUGCACUAAAAUGGCAGAGCAAACACGAAGUUUGGAUGCUAUCCACGAGUCAUUCAGCGGAAUAUCGAAACUCUAGAAAGAUAAAUUAUCGUACAGGUGAAGUCGUACAGAAGCCUACGUGUAUAUUAGAUUACAAUAAAUCAAUGGAAAUGGUUAGUGAAACUAACCGUAUAAUAAGCGCGGUUGCAUGCACAAGGAGAACCUUAAAAUGUUACAAAAGAUUAUUCUUUCAUUUAUUGGAUCUUUCGGUGUGGAAUUCGUAUUGUUUAUAUAAAUUCAAGACCAAAAAGGUUCUGCCAAUGUCCAAAUUUCAUUUAGCAUUAAUUACGGAACUUUUACAAACGUAUCCCCGAUCAAUGGAGACAGCGUCUUCUGUUAGAUCCGAAAGUCUUUUACGUCUUACUGAAAGACAUUUUCCAACUUUGUAUAAAAGUGAUAAAGCUAAUAGAAAAAACCCACUGCGGAGAUGUGUUGUAUGUGCCAAACUUGAUAAAAGACGUUGUUCGAGAUAUUGUUGUAAGCAAUGUAAUGUAGGCUUAUGUAUAGUUCCGUGUUUCGAAAUAUAUCAUACACAACUUUAUUUUUAAAUUUAA